GACUUUCUGUAUCUUUUCUCUCCAUCUCUGUAUCAAAAUAAUUUUAUGGCAUGUUCUCUCGUUAUAUAUUUGAGAAAACCCCAAAUUUUUAUGAUUGAGACAGAAAAGACGGAGAUUAUGUUAUUGUAGAUCAUUAAUCCGUUGAUGAAAACUUUCAUUCAAAUCUUGUUGUUGUAGAUCAUUAAUCCUUUCAUUCAAAUAUAUUUUGUUUAGGUCCGGUGGAUGAUAACCUCUUCGAGUGGGAAGCUGCAAUUAAAGGGCCAAAAUAUAGCCUUUAUGGUGCAGGAACAUUCCGUGUUAGCAUGAAUUUUUCCCUACGGUUUCCAAUGAUAGCUCCAACUGUCAAAUUCAAAACCAAGAUUUUCCACCCCAUUGUUUCUGACAAAGGAGAUGUGUAUCUCUACAUGUUGGGCAAUGGAUGAGCUCCUGGUUUCACAAUUCCUGAUAUCCUAAUGACGCUCUGGGGAAUGCUCCUUACCCCAAGAUUGGACCUUCCUGAUAAGGUGAAUGAGGAUACUCUGGAGUAUGUCUCUAACAGAGAGAAGUUCAAUAGAAAAGCUGCUGAGUGGGCGAUAUUAUAUGCUAGGAAAUAAGGAGUUCGUUUGUUUUAUGACCUCAAUGCUAUCUAUGUUGUAAUAAACUUUCAAACAUCAUAGAGAUGUUUGAAAAAUUUCUAAACUGCAUCGUAUUUUACUUUUUUUUUAAUUAUAAAUAAAUCAAUUCUGUUGGUGAAUUAUUAAUGCGGAUGGUGCUUCUAAAUUGUUACUUGUAAUGCUGA